GAAGGUUAGAUGGCGUGGCGGCGGGCCCCAUUGCCCCCAUGUGGCUUUCCUUCUGUCUCCACCAACUACUGCCGCUCAAUCAUUAUUCUUUGGCAUCGCCUCACCUCCUCCAACUUGAACUCAAACGCAACUCCAAGCCUCUCACUUCCCUCUCUUCUUCGCAUGGCCAAUCCCGAUCCAGUCGGCGCCGCCACCACCGCUCCUCACCUCCUCUCGCAGACAUCAUCACCAAAUAACCAAAACCAGUUAUCCCUACCGUCGGCGAAGAAACAGCCUGCAAAGGAUCGCCACAGCAAGGUUGACGGCCGCGGGCGUCGCAUCCGCAUGCCCAUCAUCUGCGCCGCUCGCGUUUUCCAGCUCACCCGGGAGCUGGGACAUAAGUCCGAUGGACAGACCAUCGAAUGGCUGUUACGCCAGGCCGAGCCAUCCAUAAUCGCGGCCACUGGCUCCGGCACCAUUCCUGCUUCUUUCUCCACCUCUUCCUCCUCCAGCAUCUCCACCUCUUCCUCGCCUUCUACUUUCAUCCUCGGGAAACGCCUGCGCGCUGAUGAAGACGUUCCUACCAAGGAGGAGUCUGUGGGAAUCGGGCCUACGGGCGGGUUCUGGGCCGUACCGGCCCGGGCGGACUUCGGAGGGCAGUUUUGGAGCUUCGCGGCGCCGGAGAUGGUUCUUCCGACGGCGAUGGGGCGGUAUGUUUCUCAGCCGAUGGAGGAAUUGUCAGUGGCUAGGGUGGGAAACUAUGUUCCGCUUGCGCAGGGACACCAUCUCAAUCUGCUUGCCUCCUUUUCAGGAGCGCCUCCGUCGAGCGCCGCCGCUAAUGGGAGGAGGGAGGAGGAGCCUCGCUGAUUGUUGUUUCUUUUCUUGAUGGAGUAGGUUUUUGUAGGGUUUAGCUUGGGCUUGUUCGCCGGAUUGACGUAGUUAGUGGCUUUGGUCAUUGCCUCGUCGUUUUGGCUACUUCAUUUUGUGUGGGAUUUUUGAGUUUUAAAUUGUUUGUGUUGUGGAAUUGGAUGAAUGAGGCAAUAUUUGUUUCAUUCCGUGGGUUGCAGUACGAGAACUCGUUCAUCUGGGAUUGGGAAUAAUGCUGAUGUGUGGAUGAAUUGGAAGUUCAGCAAUUUAGGGGUGGAAGAAAGACGCCUGGGGACCGGAGGUUUUAUCACUGUAGCUGAGAAUUCUGACAUUGUGACCCGACCUUUCUUUAUUUCUAUCAAUGUGUAUUGGUGCCGAAAAAUCAAAUGAGGGUGAUAGCGGAAGAAACUCUGUCUUAAGCCAGGCUGGCUUAGAUGACGAAUGAUAGUGGCGAUGAGCAGAGGCAAAUACUGAAUGGUAGUAAGUGGUGUUGGGUGACGACGACAGUUGCAACGAUAGAAUAAGGCAAGGUGGCAAUGGCACAGGCAACGACGACGGCUGGUAAUCGCUGGUGGGGAAGGAAACAAAAAAAAUUCAUCACCAACAACAUUACAAGGAAACAGAUUUGGAAGCAUGGAGCAUGUUUGCAAACAACUGGUCUUGAUUGCGGUGUAGGAAAGAUGACUAUACAUGGAAGGCAGAAGGUCGGCAGACAGUUGGAAGAAGCAGCAAAGGCAAAUGUUGCGCAAGCAAGAAUAGGUGGUGGACAUUCUCAAAAGGAAUGUUGCAGGUAUUUCAGCAUUGAUUGGUAGCAAAGAUGGAAGGAUUGACUAAUAUAAAAUCUUAUUGAAUAUUUUUUUUUAAAUUAUUGUAAUUUUUGGAAGUAAUGACUCUUCCUAGAAUUAUAUAGAUUCCUAAAAUAUAUUUGCCAUA